AUGGAGGAGGAUUUUUUCAGGUCGGCGUUGGUAGACGCCAUUAUCCCUGAGGACACAGUGACCGAGGUGGCUGAUAUUCUCCAAGCUGGAGCAGAGGCGCAAAUAAGCGACAGUCGCUUGCUCGCGGUAAAAGAGAGGGAGCUGCUGUUCUUUGAUGAACGGCUGAGGGCCUUGGCUGUUAUACGCGUGCCGAGUUGUGACGAAAUCUCAUUGAAUGCGUACCUUGCACGGCUAUCGCUCAAGAUAGAUGUGUGGGCCGUCGACGAAACAUCCGGCAGCGAGCAAAGCCCACGCCCUUCCGCGCCACCAAAGGACUUGGUCUUCUCAGCUGAGGGUAUUGAGAAAACCGAGCCCAUCGUUCUCGCAACCGAGUCAGCGGACGGCGGUCAGAGCUUGACUCUUGUGUGGGAGUCCCAAAUAGUCCUCAACCGACCCAGAUUCCGCGUUCCUCAGCUCAGCAUUAUUCUGAUACCCUCAGCCAUUGUCAAUGGCCUUCAGCAGGACCUGACAGAGGAGGCCGGUGAUCUCACUCCCUUUCAACCGCUUGAGGCAAACAUCCUCGAGCCAAUGCGCCUCAUACCAGGCUUGAAAGAUAAUCCGCCAUAUCUUGCCGCUUCGAGGCUUGAGCGCGUACUGCCUGUCACAGCAAUUCACAAACACCGCACUCACAUUCAGCAUGUUCCGUCAAGGCGGCGUAGAGCAGUGCCAGCGACAAUGACACGAAUCCGAUAUCACAAGAUCAACAAUGUCUCUGUGACGCCAAGCACAAUUGCUCUCCUAGACAUGGACAUUAUCCCCUUUGUCCAGAUAGACGCUACUAUUCGGCAGGUCGAUCUAUCAUUGAGGAAUGGUCGAACCGGUUCUCUGAUGCCAGGGUUUUUACCAAUGCAAUGUCGAUCCGGGGACUGUUUAACGUUCUUGUACAAACUUCACCAAACCCAGGAUUCGAACCUCGCUCCCGGCAUUGGGCUAUCAACUCGAAAUGUUGACGUCUUAUCAAUUGUCAUCAAGUUGGACAUACGACUCAGCGAGGUCUGCCGCCCUGUUCUGGUGAUGGAUUGGACGACUCAUGUUGAUUUCACGCAAGCACUAAACCCAUCUUUUGGACCGCCGUCGCAGCCCAUACAACGUCAAAAUCGACCCACGAGCCUUCCUGUUAACAACAUGAACGGCAGCGACCCGGCAGUUACCAGCUUGGCCACCAGCCUACAACCAGCGUUUGACGUGACCGCAAAGAGCGGCCUUUCAAUAUCUUUCACAGCGCCGGCAGAGCCGGUUGUAGUCGGGCAAGCGUUUUCAUGGCGAGUACUUGUGGUCAACCAUUCGAGCAAGACAGCAAAGGUUGCAAUUAUCCCGUUGCCGCGGAUCCAGCGCCUUGUUACUCAAGCACAGUCAUUCGCCAAACGACAUGCGCCUAAAUCAUCUACUGCCUCAUUUUCUCCCAGCGAAAGGCGCCACACAAAGAAUGGGGAAGAUACCGAUAUUGCACAGGCCAUAGUAGACGAGAACGUGGUUUACGCCAUGCAUCACUCGCAUUCCACCACGCCUGAAACCGAUCUGAUGGCACUAACUGCUGAGCUUCGAAUCGGACCCCUAGCACCAGGUCAGUGCCACGAGAGCGACAUUCAGAUGGUCGCGUUUGAGACUGGCACUCUGAGGGUUGAUGCCAUGAGGGUCGUUGAUUUGGCGCGAGAGGUCGAGGAAGGCGGUGCAACAUUGGGUGCACUCACGGACAUAAGAGAUUUGCCAGAUGUUGUGGUGGCCACCCCGUGCGAAGGUAGAGAAUCACCGACAACGACUGCUGGUCCAUCAUGA